UAUACAUUUUCUUCAUCAAUCUUGUUGGAUCUGGUUUUGUUUUUCAAGAUUUUUUUCUGGGUUUUUGAGUUUGCAUUGAAUUGAGCCAAUGCAAAUUCAUUUGGGGUCUCACAAAUUAUAAAAAAAAAGAUUACUUUUUUGGUGACUUUUUGAAGUUUUUGUGAGUGGAAUCUAGUUUUAUUUUUCAAGAGUUUUUCUGGGUUUUUGAGUUUGCAUUGAAUUGCAAGUUCAUUUUGGGUCUCAUAUAUGAGAAAAAAGAUUACUUUUUUGGUGAUUUUUUUGAAGUUUUUGUGAGUGGAUUUAGUUUUAUUUUUCAAGAAUUUUUAUGGGUUUUUGAGUUUGCAUUGAAUUGACCCAAUUGCAAAUUCAUUUGGGGUUUCAUGUAUUAGAAAAAAGAUUACUUUUUUGGUGAUUUUUUGAAGUUUUUGUGAGUGGAAAUUGUUGAAGGAGAAAAAAGAAGAAGAAGAAGGGAUUGUUCAAGAAUGGUGGGAUCGGAGAAGAAGUCACUUGUCUUUGCUUAUUAUGUUACUGGUCAUGGAUUUGGUCAUGCCACCCGUGUUAUUGAGAUUUUGAAAUGCAAGGUUGUCCGUAAUCUAAUUCAAGCAGGACACGAAGUUCAUGUGGUUACGGGUGCUCCUGACUAUGUUUAUACUAUUGAGACACAGUCACCUCGGCUUUUUAUCCGUAAGGUUCUAUUGGACUGUGGAGCUGUUCAAGCAGAUGCUUUGACAGUUGACCCUCUUGCUUCACUGGAAAAGUAUAACCAGACAGCUGUACUACCCAGGGAUUCGAUCUUGGCCACAGAAGUUGAAUGGUUGAAAUCUGUCAAGGCUGACUUAGUGAUUUCAGAUGUAGUUCCUGUUGCAUGCCGAGCAGCUGCGGAUGCUGGAAUUCGUGCAGUUUGCUGCACAAACUUCAGUUGGGAUUUCAUCUAUGCUGAUUAUGUCAUGUCUGCUGGAUAUCACAAUCGUUCAAUAAUAUGGCAGAUAGCGGAGGAUUAUUCUCACUGUGAGUUUGUAAUUCGUCUACCAGGAUACUGCCCAAUGCCUGCUUUCAGGGAUGUAAUUGAUGUUCCCCUUGUUGUGAGAAGGUUGCACAAAACUCGGGAAAAGGUUCGGGAAGAACUUGGAAUACUAGACAGCCAGAAAGUGCUCAUUUAUAAUUUUGGUGGACAGCCUGCUGGAUGGAAGCUGAAAAAGGAAUAUCUGCCUGAAGGAUGGAUAUGCUUGGUCUGUGGCGCUUCUGAAGAUCAGGAGAUCCCUUCCAACUUCAUAAAACUUCCGAAAGACUUUUACACUCCUGAUGCUAUUGCAGCUUCAGACGUCUUGCUUGGUAAAAUUGGGUAUGGCACAACAAGUGAAGCCUUGGCAUACAAGGUGCCACUUAUCUUUGUACGCAGAGAUUACUUUAAUGAGGAACCAUUUCUGAGAAAUAUGAUUGAGCAUUACCAAGCUGGUGUAGAGAUGAUCCGGAGGGAUUUGCUCAAUGGAUGCUGGGCUCCUUAUAUUGAACGUGCUAUUACACUGAAACCAUGCUAUGAUGGAGGAGUCAAUGGUGGAGAGGUGGCUUCUAGAAUACUUCAAGAUACAGCUACCGGAAAACAUCACAGUUCACAUGGGCUUAGUGGAGCGCGUAGGCUGCGAGAUGCUAUCGUCCUUGGCUAUCAGCUUCAAAGAAUUACUGGGAAAGAUAUUGCUAUUCCUGAAUGGUAUUCACUUGCGCAAAAUGAACUUAGGUCACGCACUCAAUUGGCAAAUAAGGAAGUUCUCGAUAUUGGCAGUCUUACGAGACAAAGUGAUUACUUUACGAUUCUUCAUGGAGAUCAUCAAGGGCUCCCGGACACACUUGGUUUCUUGAAGAGCUUGGCUGAAAUGGAGUCCUCAGGUCGUCCUCAAAAUAAUAACAAGCUCCAAACACGCGACCAUCUGGCUGCUUCUGCAAUGUUCAAUUGGGAGGAAGAAAUAUUUGUUUCAAGAGCACCCGGAAGAUUGGACGUAAUGGGAGGAAUUGCUGACUAUUCUGGUAGUUUAGUACUACAAAUGCCUACCAGAGAGUCAUGCCAUGUCGCAAUUCAGAGAAACCAUCCAAGCAAGCACAAAUUGUGGAAACAUGCUCAGGCAAGGCAGCCCAAGGAAGGACCAACUGCUGUUCUUCAAAUUGUAUCACUUGGCUCAGAAUUAGGUAAUCGUGGACCAACUUUUGAUAUGGACCUUUCUGAUUUUGUGGAGGAUGGACGGCCAAUUACAUAUGAGAAAGCAUACAAUUAUUUUGCCCGAGACCCAGCCCAGAAGUGGGCAGCGUAUGUUGCUGGGACAAUUCUGGUACUGAUGACUGAAUUAGGCAUCCGUUUUGAGGAUAGCAUUAGCAUUCUGGUAAGUUCUGGUGUUCCUGAGGGCAAAGGUGUAUCUUCUUCUGCUGCUAUAGAAGUGGCCAGCAUGACUGCUGUUGCUGCUGCUCAUGGAUUGAACAUUGACCCCAGACAUCUGGCUCUGCUUUGCCAAAAGGUGGAGAAUCAUAUUGUUGGAGCUCCUUGCGGAGUGAUGGAUCAGAUGGCCUCUGCAUGUGGAGAGGCCAACAAGCUUCUUGCUAUGGUGUGUCAGCCUGCUGAGGUUCUAGGACUUGUUGACAUACCACCCACCAUUCGAUUUUGGGGAAUUGAUUCUGGAAUACGACACAGUGUUGGUGGUUCAGACUACAAAUCUGUUAGGGUUGGUGCAUUUAUGGGUAAGAAAAUAAUAAAGUCCUCUGCGUCUGUGGAGUUGUGCUCCUCCUUGUCAAACAUUUCCACUCAGCAAAUCAACAAGUCCAACCCUGACGAUGCUGAUGAAGAUGGAAAGAAUCUGCUUGAAACAGAGGCUUCUCUGGAUUACCUUUGCAACCUCUCAGCUCAUAGAUAUGAGGCAUCUUAUGCAACUAGACUUCCAGAGUCUUUAUCUGGACAAGAAUUUGUGGAGAAGUAUCUUGAUCAUGAUGAUUCUGUAACUACAAUUGACAAAGAACGCAAUUAUGCUGUGAGAGCACCCACUAGGCAUCCCAUCUAUGAAAAUUUCCGAGUCAAGGCUUUCAAAGUAUUAUUAUCAGCUACACCUUCCAAUUAUCAACUAUCUGCUCUUGGAGAGUUAAUGUAUCAGUGCCAUCUCAGCUACAGUGCUUGUGGUCUUGCGUCAAAUGGGACAGAUAGGCUGGUUAACUUGGUACAAGAAAUGCAGCACUCUAAAUCAUCAGAAUCUGAAGGUGGGACUUUAUUUGGGGCAAAGAUAACAGGUGGAGGUUCUGGUGGAACUGUUUGUGUUAUCGGGAGGAACUGUUUAAGAAGCAACCAACAACUUGUUGAGAUUCAGCAAAGAUACAAAACUGCCACUGGAUUCUCACCAUAUGUGUUUGAAGGUUCUUCACCUGGAGCUGCAAAAUUUGGUCACCUCCAAAUACGCCUUCUAAAGAGUAGACAGACUUGAAGGCAAAGUGUAGGAGUCCUAGCAGUGGAAACGUUUGCGUGACACAAAGCAUUGAGCUCAAUGUAUCAAUGAAUUUUCAUUAAUAUUUGCUUAGACAUUGAUCAUAAAGUAUGUUUAUGCAACAACUCAAUCUUAUUAUAAUUUGAUCAAGUAUGGCUUUUUGCCUCUUU